AUGGUUGUUAUACUUUUCAAUGAAAAUGAAGAUUAUGAUCGGAAGAAGAAAGACGAAGCUUAUGAUUGGAAGAAAGUCGAAGACGAAGCCCAAGUCAAAACACAGAUGAUGAGAAUGGUGAUCGAAUAUCGUCAAGAGAAGGGUACUUUUGUAAUCAAAUAUAAUAAGAGACAAAGAGAAGAUGAAGAUUCUAGAAAUAAUAAACGUAGCAAGUAUGGUGGAUGGGUGAAGGAAAAGUUACUCGGAAGGGGAGGUUUUGGAUGUGUUAACUUGGUUAAGUUUAAAGAACCUCGACCACCGCACUAUAAAGAUUUGCCUGAGCUUUUGGCAGUAAAAUCUGCACUAAAUAAUACUUGUUCAAAGGAUCUAGUUAGGGAGAUGAAAGUGUAUGAGUCUCUUGGUUCCAGUCCUUUUAUUGUUAAGUGCUACGGUCAAUUAGAUAAUUAUAAUAAAUGGGAGGUAAAUAUGGCGAUGGAGUAUGCAUCAGGUGGGUCCUUGGCUAGUGCGAUCGAGAGUAAGAAUAAUGGAGAUGGAUUGAGUGAGUGGGAAGUGAAGGCACACACUUGCUCCAUUCUUAAAGGGCUUGAGUUUAUUCAUGGAAAGGGUUUGGUGCAUUGUGAUUUGAAACCCGCAAACAUUAUACUGGUGGCUGAUGAUGAUGAUAAUAGUCCUUAUAGCGUCGAUGGUUUUGUGGCGAAGAUUGCUGAUUUUGGUAUGGCUAAGACUAGUAGUGUUGGUAGUAAUAAUGGUGAUGAUGAGUGCAUGAGGAGGUCAAAGGUUGGAGGAACUCUGUAUUAUCUUUCUCCCGAAGCUUUAUUAGAAAAUACUCAAGAAGAGGCGAGUGAUAUUUGGGCAGUUGGGUGUGUGGUUUUGCAAAUGUUGACUGGACUAGUGCUGCCGUGGUAUGAUAACCCCACUGAAAAUCAGCUUUCCAGUAUAAUUAGUAUAGACACUCCAUGUAGUGGUUUACCUUCGGAUUGGCUUUCCAAGAAUGCUUGGGAUUUCUUGUUCAAGUGCUUUACUAGGAACCCUAAUAAUAGACCUUCUGCUCACAUGUUACUAAACCAUCCCUUUCUUCUCUCAGAAGAUCACCAAGAAAGUGAUCAACAAAUAAAUCACAAUGAUAUUGACGCUGAUGAAGAUCAUGGUGAUGGUGAUAGUGAUGGUGAUGGUGAUGGUGAAGACUCUGAACACGUCGACGAUGGUGAUAAUGAUGAUGGUGAUGAUGAUGAAGAAGAAUACGAGGACGACGAUGAUGAUGAACAGCCUCCCUUUUAUGAUUCUUGGUUUAGCAGUAGUCCCUGA